AUGACCUCGUACUGCGAGGUGUGCCAAGGCCUGUACGACAUGCCUCACCCACACUUGUGGCCACACCGCUCGCCAUUGUCGUCAUCACCAUGCAAGCGGGGUGCCUGGAGCCCGGCUCAGCCGUCAUCAUCGCCACCUCAGCAAGGAGAAAGCAGGGGAGGCCGAGGUAACCGAGGCUUAUCUCGACCUCGCGUCGCCAACCGCUACCAUGACACCCCACGCGCGUCGCGCUCGCCUUUCCUAGAGGGCCGGAACAACGGCCACGUCUGCGUUGGCCCCUACGUGUGCCCUUGCCAGCAGCGGCGAAGCGCUUCCAUGCCAGCAGUGCCCGACUCCUACGACACCCCCCCUUAUCUUGGACGGGACGUGUCACCCGGCAUGGAUGGCGAUGCGAGGUGCGGCGACGAACAGGACGGUCACUAUCGCUGCACAGCAUCCCCUUCACUUCCGCUCUCUGCCUCCACAGCCGUUGGGCGAGGAGGCUCUCCCUUCAUAGAGCGAUACCGCGAAGACACCUACUCUAGCCAGCGCCGCGCAGAUGGCAAUCCGUCCCAGCUGGAUUACCUGCGUCGUGGGGUGGGACAUGGCUGCACCUAUGUGUCUCCUUACGACGACUGCGAAGGCAGCAGAGGGCAGAGUGGGUUGGCGACCGACGGCGGGGGCGCUGACCUUCUGUCUUCAUCUUUCCCACCAUGCGCACUGGUGGAUGUGCGGGAGGCGGCCGCACCCCACUAUCGCUGCACCAGCGUGGGAAGGUCGCCGCACGUGUGGCGCGGUGGCGAGUUUGGUAGCAGCAUACCACAGCGCACGUCCUUGCCGCCUCACCAUCCAAGCGGCCCCCCCUCUACGCUGGCACCUAAUCCUGACAACGCUACUCGCUACGCCUCCGAAUGCGCCGCAUGGUCGCGAUCGCGCCGUAACACCAGCAUUGAUCACCCUUCUCGACGAAUAUCCCCGGCAGCUGAUGGAGGCGGUGGUCAUGGUACUCACACGACUUCGAUGCAGAGCGCCACAGGCGCUGGCGAACCGUCUUCGUCGCAACGACCACCGCUGUUGCCGUCGGUAACAUCGACCACGCCGGUAUCGCCUUUUGUGGGCCUCACCUUCAAUGCUGAGCCAUGCGCUCAGACGCCGGCCAGUGUUCAGGCACCACUGCACUACAGCACACACGGUGACUCAGUGCGACAGCCCCUGACCCCCGCUGGCCCACUGCUGUCUCGCGCUCCUGACUCUCUGGCGAACCUCGUGGCCAAGAUACGAGCAGAGGUCAGCAAGGACGCGACUUUGUGGGUUGCAAGGUCACCCGGCACAGGUUCACUGCUCGACCCUGGCGUUGCAAAGCCGCGGGCAACUGCCGAGGAGAAGAGGAAGAGACAGCACCGUACAGAGAAGCCGCAGGAACAGGGCCACGCUCUAGGUGGGACAUCGCAUGCGGAACAGACCUCGGCCAAUCAGGCUACAGCGUCUUCGGGGCUGUGCUCGUCCGCAAGGUCAACGGGAGCAGAGGGAGCUGCCACCUCUCUUGUGCUGGUAGCUCCACGGUCAACCAGCGCUGGCGACGACUGUGGCUCGAAUGCUCACGGGUCUUCUGCUGCCCCUCCAGCGGCGAGUGGACGGGUUCGCAGCGUGCGGUCACGACGACAGCACGGUAGCUCUGGAAAGCACCGUCGCCCGUCCCGACCUCGGCGCACUUCAUCGUCAUCCUCAUCAACGUGUUCGACCCGGUGGUCAUCGUCCUCUUCCGCGAAACUCUGCAGCACUGUUAGAAGAGCUGAGGCGAUCCUGCGCCGACUGCAAGACAGACCGCGCGGCAGUGGCGGCAGCUGCGCGCGAUCUCUCUCUGCAGAGGCAGAGAGGACGAGGGGAUUCGUGGGCGACGCGUUCGCUGAUGACGCCGUUGCUGUUGAUGCAGCAACCGUCCGUCGUCGUCCGAGUACCUUGGCGCACACUUCUGCCCGCGGAAAGAGCCGCACAGGGCCACAGGGCUGCAGUGCACGUCGCGGCCACUCCGCUCCUUCUCUGCCCUCUCGACCGCAUGCAACAUCUGUGCCAUCCUGCCGAUCUUCUUCUCUUUUCAUUCCCAUAGAUGCAUCCUCGAAGGCGAGCCAAUGUGCACCCCAGCGGGCGCAUGCACCUGAUCGGGACGCAGAGGGGGCAACAAGGGAAGUGAGGCAGGAGAGAGGUGGCGCUUUGGCGGUGACUGAGUCACGACGGCAGCACGAGAUGUGGCGCACCACGCAGGAGCACCGGAUCGAACGGCUACGCGAGGGUCUGUCGGCGUUAUGUGCGGCCGUUCGCAAAGACCUUCAGAAGGUUCGGGAGGAGGUUGGCAGGGUGCGUUCUGAGGCCAAUGGUGCGGCGGAAGACACUCAAAAGCGAAUGCAUGAGGCGUUGGCGACUGCGUUGCGAUCCAACUCACCUGCGAAGCGCGCAACCAACGCACGAGGCCAGGAGAUGGAUUUCCACCCGAGCUCGGUCGUGGCGGCGGUGACACGGUGUACACCAUCGGACCAGCACCGUCUCGCAAUGCUUCUCCUGCCUCACUUCCGACCGCUACUUGCGGAGAUGGUCCAGGAGGAAGUGCAAUGUCAGCUCCGUCAGUACCGGGGCGAGCAGAAAGAGGAACAGCACGCACUGGAGCACCGUUUGCAGGCGUACGUCGAGGAGGCGGCGGUGUCACGUCAGCACUGUGCGCACGGAGACGGGACUGUAGGCAGUGAAGUCACUGCCACCGCCCCUGUGUGGGCAUCUUUUUCUUCUGCGGAAGCUUUCGACGCACACCUCCGCGCUACCACUCGCGCGGUAUUACUCGAGGAGGACAACCGAUGGUAUAGUCUGGCGAGUGAGAACGAGCGUCGACAUGAGCGGUUCGUGCAGAAGCUGCAGCAGGACUGGCAGGGGACGCUAAGCACUGCCCAGGCAGAGUGGAAGGCAGAGUGGAAGGCCCUUUUGGAGGAGGAGGCGAAUGUGUGGACCCACCAUGCCCGGGCACCGCUGCAGAAGCACGCCGAUCUGCUUCAGGACAUUGUAAAGGCCCUCACACACGACGUGACCCACCUGCAGGAGCAGCAGGAAGCGCUCUCAGCACGUCUCUCGGCCAGCCUGCGGCAGGAGCGAGAAAUGCGAGGGCAGGAGCAGACGCAGCUCACCGAGCGUGUUGAGCAGCGUGUGCGGCAACUGCUACCACGUGAGGUUGAGUCUGCCUGCGUGCGAUUCCAUGCGUUACGAGAGCAGCGGCUCGCAGGGGCAGGGUCGCGAAGCGUUGUGACCGAGCUUGGCACUCCCGGUGCAUCGCGCUGGAGUGCGAUACCCACGACCAGCGCUGCCGCUGCGACCGCGGCGUCAUCAGCAGAGGAGCUUCGCUUGUCCACUGUGCAGCCGGCCCUGGAGCACAUGCGACGUCUGCUCGUGCUGCAUCAAGAGAUGAUUGAUGCGAUGGUUGAGUCUCGUUGUCGUCGUGCUGAGCACACAGUGGAGGGCAAUCGGCACGUGUGGUCCCAGAACGUGGCGGAGGUGCGGGCAAAGCUCUCUGCGCUGCGCGACGACGUGCGUGGUGCCUUGAGCGAGUUGUGCACAAAUCUAAACGUGGCCUCUCCCGCGCUGUGA